GAAAGGUCCAAAGACACCGAAAGCAGCAAAACCCACUUAUAUUUUCUUAGAGGGAAAAACAAAAACAGAGAGAUCUAAGAAAGAACGUACCUGUUGUCUUGUGUUACAGUGAGAAACAAAAAGAAGAAGAAGAAACCAAUGGCCGGGUACAGAGCUGAGGACGACUAUGACUACCUCUUCAAGGUGGUGUUGAUCGGCGACUCGGGUGUGGGCAAGUCCAACUUGCUCUCCAGAUUCACCCGGAACGAGUUCAGCCUCGAGUCCAAGUCCACAAUUGGGGUCGAGUUCGCCACCCGGAGCUUGGAUGUGGACGGAAAAGUCAUCAAGGCCCAGAUUUGGGACACUGCCGGCCAAGAAAGGUACAGAGCAAUAACUAGCGCUUAUUAUCGAGGGGCUGUGGGUGCACUGCUUGUGUAUGAUGUCACUCGGAAUUCAACAUUUGAAAGUGUGGAAAGAUGGCUGAGGGAGUUAAGAGACCAUACUGAUCCCAACAUUGUUGUCAUGCUGGUUGGUAACAAAUCAGAUCUACGCCACCUUGUGGCAGUCUCAACUGAGGAUGGAAAAUCCUUUGCCGAGAGAGAGUCCCUCUACUUCAUGGAAACUUCUGCACUCGAAGCAACUAAUGUGGACAAUGCAUUUGCUGAAGUCCUUACCCAGAUCUUUCACAUAGUAAGCAAGAAGACCAUGGAGGCUAACAAUGAUGCAGCUGCUGUUCCUUCCCAAGGAGAGAAAAUUGAUGUCAGUAAAGAUGUUUCAGCUGUGAAGAAAGGCGGGUGCUGUUCAAGCUAGAUUUUGAAUCUGCAUCAGAUUUGUCUGGUUUAUGUUGCCACAUCUGUUUCUCUGUAUACCGGGGUAUUGUGUAAAAUUUUUCAUCCAAAGACAGUAAGUGCUAAGUGGGGUUCAAUUUCUUACUUCCAGUGUCAUUAUCAUUACCCGAGACUGCUUAUGUUUAGCUGUUGGAAGAGCUUGUCUAGGAACUAUCACAUGAUUUUACUCUCUACAUGGGUGUUGAAUGGGGGCAAAUUUGCACCAAGAUUCUGUACUUUGAGAUUAUUCUUCAGUCCAUUAAUUGAAAUCUUUUAUUCAACUGGCCCUUAAGA